GGUGAGUCAAGUGCUAAGGACCUCACUUCUUCAUUGGAAGAUGUGGGGUGGGGGUGGAGUUUGUUCCUAGGACAUUGUAGGGAUGUGGAUAGCAUUGCCAGAUUUUGUUUUGUUUUGUUUUUCUUUUUAGAGCGAGGGUGGUGCUCUGUCACCCAGGCUGGAGUGUAGUGGUGUGAUCUCAGCUCACUGCAGCCUUGAACUCCUAGGCUCAAGUGAUCCUCCUACCUCAACCUCCAGAGUAACUGGGACUACAGGAAAGCUCAGUGGCCCCCAAGCCAGGAUGUCCCAAGCUUGGGUCCCCGGCCUCGCGCCCACCUUGCUGUUCAGCCUGCUGGCUGGCCCCCAAAAGAUUGCAGCCAAAUGUGGUCUCAUCCUCGCCUGCCCCAAAGGAUUCAAAUGCUGUGGUGACAGCUGCUGCCAGGAGAACGAGCUCUUCCCUGGCCCCGUGAGGAUCUUCGUCAUCAUCUUCCUGGUCAUCCUGUCCGUCUUUUGCAUCUGUGGCCUGGCUAAGUGCUUCUGUCGCAACUGCAGAGAGCCGGAGCCAGACACCCCAAUGGAUUGCCGGGGGCCCCUGGAACUGCCCUCCAUCAUCCCCCCAGAGAGGGUCAGAGUAUCCCUCUCUGCGCCCCCACCCCCCUACAGUGAGGUGAUUCUGAAGCCCAGCCUGGGCCCAACUCCCACAGAGCCACCCCCUCCCUACAGCUUCAGGCCUGAAGAAUAUACCGGGGAUCAGAGGGGCAUUGACAACCUGGCCUUCUGAGUCACCUCCUGCCUGGAAUCUUGCCAUCAGCAACCUCCUCCCCAGUGCCUCCUGGAUCAAGCUAGAGACUGCUGGCACCCCAGGAAUGUCCCUGCCCAUCCUGCCGUGUCUCUGUUCAUUCUUGGAUUUAACUUAUUACUUUUUCUGCCUCUGUUUCCACCCCAGCUGCCUCUCUUGUCCUGAGGGUUAGGCUGGAGUGACAGUUUCCGCCCACCCCCCAACCCAAGAAAGAGGCUGCCGGAAAGAAAAUGCUGACCAUUGGAGGUGCCCAACAGUAGAAUGGGCUACUGUGAGGGGUAGUAAGAGCCCCAUUUCUGGAGGUAUGCAAAUCUUGACUGGACAGCCAGCUCUGAGAUUUUAUCAGGGCACUUCUAUACCUGUGGAACAUUGGACUGGAUGAGCCCUGAGCCAGCUUCCACUCCUACCUGAAUAGAGAACUCACUGCACCCACCCGCAACACAUGAUAAACACAUGUCCUCACUGAAUGUUA